GUUCACAGUAGUUGCACCUUUGUUGCGGUGGCCGUCCACCACCAUCCCUUUCCCACUAACAAACCUUCCUCCCUUCCCUCUGGAUCGAGAACCACCCUACAUUUUUCCCUAUCGUUACUCCUAUUCUCAUCCUCCCGCCCUGCGUCCUCACCGUACUCUCUACGCUCUGCCCCCAAAGGGCCCUCCAGCUGUCGCCUUCAGACCCUGUUGCUUCAUUUGACCUGGGCGACACGUUUUCCCGUUUAUCCGCUUCACUCUUAGCGUCCUUUUGGCAUGCCCAGAUCCAUGCCACCAGUCGCCCAGCCCAACCGUCCUGCUUCUGCUCUCAGAAUCGAUCGAGUUACCAGCUCACCCAACAUCUGCAACUCUGCAACCACCUAAUUGCUCGUGCCUAUAUCCUUUAUCGAAUCUACAAAGACGUCUCCGUCACCAAUCACUUGUCCGUGGAUCGCCUCCGGUAAACAAAGUGGCUCUCCGGCCAUUUUGUGUACGCUGCUGGACGCAGCCCAGAACCAGGGCCCUCUGGCAUACCCAAACCACCUGCCGCCAUCCCAUCUCGACCGCGCCUCAUGAGGAGGAACACUCUAUAGAGGAUUUCGCAUCGUCCAUGUCUCGCCCGGACGAGACACUGGCAGCCGCUGCGGCAAUUCUGCGUGGACUGGCCAAGGGCUCGACGUCCUCCACCUACACCAAUGGCUUGAAGCUUCCACCAUACAAACUUCCCGGUGAGGACACACCGGGAAAAGAGGACUUCGAAGCUGAAAUAGCCGCUCUUGCAAGACGAAUACACUAUUUGGAAUCACGGGCAGAUGUCGUUGGCCGCUCGCUGCCUGAUACGCCCGGUGAAUUCCAGAGUCCUGCCUCUCCGUUGUCUCGCCCAGUCGAACCUCGGGGUUCUCUGGGCGACCCGGGCGCCGAUUUCGCGGCAGACUCUGCUGAGAGAACACCUACGAACUCCAAUCAUUCGAGGCGUGUCAACAACCUUCUCGCUGCCCGAGACUCAUUCCGACCUUCGGAACCGGACCGUGCAGUCAGCGAAGAUGAUAUCAGCAUAUUGCGAGAACAUGUCGAAAGGCAGGCGGAGCAAAUAAAGAGCCAGCGAGAUACAAUUGCAGAAAUCAGCCGCGGUCUACGAAAUUCCGAGGAGCAAGCCAAACAAGCUUUCAUGCGGGUAGAAAAUGAAGACGUUUCGAUCUUGGAAAGAGAGCUGCGGAAACAUCAGCAAGCUAACGAGGCAUUCCAGAAGGCGCUGCGUGAGAUCGGUGGCAUCAUUACCCAAGUUGCCAAUGGUGAUUUGUCCAAGCGAGUUCAGAUUCAGGCAACAGAAAUGGACGAUGAAAUUGCCGCCUUUAAAGUCACCAUAAACACUAUGAUGGACCAGCUCGAGAUCUUUGGCAGCGAGGUUACUCGUGUCGCUCGCGAGGUUGGCACCGAAGGCAUUUUGGGGGGUCAAGCACAAAUUAGCGGAGUACAUGGCAUAUGGAAGGAGUUGACGGAUAACGUCAAUAUAAUGGCAGCAAAUUUGACCGACCAGGUCAGAGAGAUUGCGACCGUGACCAAGGCCGUCGCACGUGGUGAUCUCAGUCAAAAAGUACAAAGUCGCGCAAAGGGCGAGAUUUUCGAACUACAGCAUACCAUCAACACUAUGGUCGACCAACUUCGAACAUUUGCCACCGAAGUCACCCGAGUCGCAACAGAUGUUGGGACUGAGGGUGUGUUGGGUGGACAAGCCCAAAUCGAAGGAGUCCAAGGCACCUGGAAUGAAUUGACGAAAAGUGUGAACGCAAUGGCAGACAACCUCACGACACAAGUUCGAGACAUCGCAAUGGUCACCACAGCUGUAGCAAAAGGCGAUUUGACGCGAAAAGUCACAGCGAGCUGUAAGGGGGAGAUUCUCCGACUCAAGAUUACCAUCAACAAUAUGGUUGAUCAAUUGCAGCAGUUUGCCCAGGAGGUCACCAUUUUGGCCAAGGAGGUUGGAACCAAUGGUGUGUUGGGAGGCCAAGCGACGGUGCACGACGUCGAAGGUACUUGGAAAGAUCUUACUGAAAACGUCAAUGGCAUGGCGAUGAACUUGACGACCCAAGUACGAGAAAUUGCCGCAGUCACCACCGCCGUCGCCAAUGGCGACUUGUCAAAGAAGGUUACCGCAGAUGUCCAAGGCGAAAUCCUCGACCUGAAGGUGACAAUCAAUUCCAUGGUUGAUAGAUUGAACACUUUCGCGUUCGAAGUUAGCAAAGUGGCGAGAGAAGUCGGCACAGACGGAACACUCGGAGGGCAGGCGAAGGUCGACAACGUCCAGGGCAAGUGGCGAGAUCUGACCGACAAUGUGAAUACGAUGGCUUCCAACCUGACAGAUCAGGUACGAAGUAUCUCGGACGUCACACAAGCCAUCGCUGCGGGAAAUCUAGACAAGAAAAUCGAGGUACAGGCACAAGGCGAAAUCCUGACCCUGAAAGUCACUAUCAACAACAUGGUAGACCGUUUGGCGACCUUCGCCCAUGAGGUGCGACGAGUCGCUCGCGAUGUGGGUGUCAAUGGCAAAAUGGGUGGUCAGGCCAAUGUUCACGACGUCAGUGGCCGCUGGAAAGAGAUUACCGAGGACGUCAACACUAUGGCUGAGAAUCUGACCGCUCAGGUUCGUGCGUUCGGCGAGAUCACAGACGCGGCAACAGAAGGAGACUUCUCCAAGUUGAUCAGUGUCAAUGCAUCCGGCGAAAUGGAUGAAUUGAAGAGGAAGAUCAACCAGAUGAUUUCGAACCUCAGAGACAGCAUUCAGAGGAACACGGCGGCACGCGAAGCAGCCGAAUUGGCCAACAGGACAAAAUCCGAAUUUUUGGCCAACAUGUCACACGAGAUCAGGACCCCUAUGAACGGCAUCAUCGGCAUGACACAGCUGACGCUGGAUACUGAUGAUUUGAAGCCGCACUCGCGAGAGAUGCUCAAUACGGUCCACAACCUCGCCAACAGCUUACUGACUAUAAUUGACGACAUCCUGGAUAUUUCGAAGAUUGAAGCCAACCGCAUGGCCAUUGAGGCCAUCCCGUACACAAUCCGUGGUACUGUCUUCAAUGCUCUGAAGUCCUUGGCCGUCAAGGCGAACGAGAAGUCGCUAUGUCUGGCAUUUGAUGUGGACAACUCAGUCCCGGACUAUGUCGUCGGCGAUCCAUUCCGGCUGAGACAGAUUAUCCUCAAUUUGGUCGGCAAUGCGAUCAAGUUUACUGACCAGGGCGAGGUCAAAGUGACCAUCAAAAAAUCCAAAGAUCUACUGUCAAACUGCGCGCCUGACGAAUUUCCGUUCGAGUUCGUGGUUUCCGAUACUGGGAUUGGCAUACAGUCGGAUAAGCUUGACCUCAUCUUCGACACUUUCCAGCAGGCGGACGGCUCAACGACACGGAAAUUCGGUGGUACCGGUCUAGGACUGUCCAUCUCUAAGCGGCUGGUCAAUCUCAUGGGUGGCCAAGUCUGGGUGACCUCCGAUUUUGGUCACGGGAGCGAGUUUCACUUCUCGUGCAUUGUCAAAUUCGCAACGGACGACAUCAGUGUGAUCAGUUCCCAGCUCUAUCCUUUCCGAAAGCAUAAAGUGCUCUUGGUAGACAAGGGCGUUUCGAAGUUCUUCGAACGCGUCCCCGCAAUGAUCGAGGAGCUUGGGCUCCAGGUCAAGGUCGUGAAUGACGAAACAGAGGUCCCUGAUCCUGUCACUGUCACUGUCGAGCGGAAUCGCAAAGGCACCGAUGGGGGCUAUGAUGUUAUUGUCAUUGAUGAACUUCAGACGGCGCAAAAACUGCGAGAACUCGACAAGUUCAAGUACAUACCCAUGGUCCUGCUGAAUGCAACUGUGUCUAUCAGCCUCAAGACUGUGCUUGACCUUGGGAUAGCUUCAUAUAUGACCACGCCCUGUCAGCUGAUUGAUCUGGGUAACUGCAUGAUCCCUGCUUUGGAAGGCCGGUCUACGCCCGUCAUUAAAGACUACAAGAAGUCACUCAAUGUUUUGUUGGCCGAGGACAACGAGGUUAAUCAAAAGGUGGCCAUUAAAAUCCUGGAAAAAUACAACCAUGUGGUCACUGUGGUGGGCAACGGAUUGGAAGCUGUCAACGCUAUAAAGCACAACCGAUUCGAUAUUGUGCUUAUGGAUGUGCAAAUGCCAGUGAUGGGUGGUUUUGAGGCCACGCGCGAGAUUCGGCAGUAUGAAAAGGAAAAGGCGUUACCGAGAACGCCCAUCGUUGCGCUGACCGCCCACGCUAUGCUGGGAGAUCGCGAGAAAUGCAUCCAGGCACAAAUGGACGAAUACCUGUCGAAACCGCUGAAACAGAACCUACUAAUGCAAACGAUUUUGCGAGUGGCUUCCGACAGAGUGACAGAUAUUUUCAACAAGCAGGCUCGCUCAAAGUCUAAUGGAGCCAGGAAUGGCCAUGGCGGCGGCAUGGAUGGAAAGGAGGCGUCGUCGCCAGCUAACGCCGGAGAUACUCGAGUGAUAUCGAGUUUGAGACCUCCCUUCAGUGAGAGGUCAGUGACAUCGUCAGGGCCGGUAAAUCAUGGCAGUGUGGAGAGUCCCUCAUUGGGCAAAGACGGCGAGCCCGAUCCGAUUUCGGCAGCUAACAGCAGUGUACGUUCGAUGUCAUGGUCGGGCUGAAGACAAGUCAGAGCUAAUCGGCGUGAUCAGGUUCUUUUGAGGGCUCACAGUCAAUGAGGAUGUUAAUCUGAUGGUUGCUGGACCUCUGCGCUUCUCCCAUUGCAUCAAUUGAUGAGAUUAUGUUUUGGGCAUUCCAUCUUGUUGGCAGCGUGGAGUAAUUCGGGUUUUGGCUCUUGGAUGUGUGCAUUGCGAUGUGACUUUCUAUUUUUGAUUUUGCGGAUCUUCCAUGGUUGAUGCGGGAUGACGAGGGUUAUGCAAAGGCCAUUCAGCCGGUGCAGUCUCCCCAUGAUAUUGGUUGGAGACGUUCAUGAGAAGUUGAUUGCUUGUAGGACAAGACAGACCAAGGCAUGGCCGGGACAUUGGGUACGGGACUCGGUCGGGGGCAGAGAACCUAUUAACGGAGCCGAAGCGAGUCCAUAAAUCGCUCAUAUAUUUCAUCUCGAAGCUUCAUGGAAAGAAAUUGAUCUUGUUCAUAAGAGUGCUUGUGCGCAGGUAACGGCAGUUAUGGAUAAUUG